AUGAGGUACGAUGAAACCAAAGACCCACAGGAACACGUCAUGAUUUUCGAGGCCAGGAUGAAUCUAGAAUGUGUGGGAGGCACUGUCAGAUGUCGUGCAUUCCCCGUGAUCCUGGCAGGACCGGCAAUCCACUGGUUCAACUCCCUCCCACAAGGGUCCAUAGCUACCUUCAUGAAUGUCUCUAAAAAAUUUCUUAACCAGUUUACCACCCAAAUCGCCAAAGCAAGGCACCCAAUCAACCUUUUGGAUGUGACACAAUGGGUUGGCGAACCCACGAGAAAGUACUUGGAUCGGUUCAAUGACGAGUGCUUAGAGAUUGUCGGCCUCAUAGACUUCCUGGCCAGUUUAUGCCUCACUAAUGGCCUGGUGAACGAAGACUUUAGGAAGCACCUAACCACAAAACCUAUAUGGACGAUGCAGGAAAUACAAUGUAUAGCAAGAGAGUAUAUAAACGAUGAGGAGUUCAAUCAAGUAGUAGCCGCCAACAAACGGCAGUUAACCACCCUACCGACUCGUGAAACAGGCAAUGCGGAGAAACCAAGGGAGGGGCCAAGAGAGGUAUCCCCUGGGAGGUCGUUUAAUCCAUUUUUUCGAGUAGGAAAAUUCACAAACUACACUGCCCUGAUUGUAGAAGUAUUCCAGCAGAUAGCUAAUAAGGGCAUCUUACCCAAGCUAAGGCAGUUGAAAGAUCGGACAGGAGGAAACAAGAAUCUCUACUAUGAUUACCACAAGGAAUUUGGCCACAAGACACAGGAUUGUUUUGACUUAAAAGAUACGUUGGAGCAAGCCAUCUGA